CGGUGCAGUCGCCAUUAUUUAUUGAUUAAUAACAAUAACAUUUAAUGUAAAUUUUUAUUAUACUAAAACGUGAAAACAUGACUUGCAUGUGACAUCCGGGAUAAUGGAAACUCACAACACUAUGUACGUGUGCUGAAUUUGAAAGGCAAGAAAUCGAAAGACUUCUACGGCGCCUAAUCAUUAAUGGCCGAUCAUUCAUCACACAGAAGCGACGGGAAACCUGAGAAAAAGAAACAGAAGAAAAGGAAACUCAACGUCGACGAAGCAGCAGACAAAGAAGAAUCUGAGUUACUUUCCGCAUUUAAAGCCUAUCAAUUAGAACUGGACGAGAAACACGACCGUCAUGAACGUCUGGUAAAGACGAGCCGUGACGUCACGUCGCAGAGCAAAAAAAUAAUUUUUCUCUUGCAUCGGGUGGUUGGAGUGGAAGACAAAGACAAAAUUCUGGCAGAAGCUGAUGAAAAAUUUGGUGAUGUGCGGAAACUCGUGCAACAUAUCGCGAUGGAAUUGCGUGACGACGAUAGCCCGGAUGCUGGACAUCGAUAUAGGCGAGCCUACAGAAUGGGCAUCCAAGAAUACGUGGAGGCUUUGGGUUUUAGUUUCUAUUGUCGGUAUGGACGUUUAGUGACGUACGAUGAGGUUGUAGCAACAACUCAGUGUGAAAGGCAAGUGUUCGAGAAAGACGAUGGAGAAAAAUCUCCUCCUGAAAAAAUUCCUCACACUGUAGAGUCGUCACCUAUCAGGCUCUUUGUAGACCCUCUAGACUAUGUUCUGGGUAUUGCAGACUUGACGGGUGAAUGUAUGAGGUUGUGCAUUAACUCAGUUGGCAGUGGAAAGACAAGGGAUUUAGCACACAUUUGUGAUUUUGUGAGAGGAUUAUACAGUGCCUUCUCUACACUUGACAAGACUGCCUCGUCUGAGAUAGGCAAGAAGAUGAACGUUAUGGCUGAAAGUUUGCGUAAAAUAGAGACUACCUGCUACAACGUCAUCGUAAGAGGUUCUGAGUGUCCACGACACGUACUCAUUGCUGACAAUGGGCCAGCAAACAGAGAUCAAACAGAAAUAUUGUGACCUCCCGAUAGUGAUUGUAGGUUGCCCUGAUAUCCAAGUGUGUUAGCUAUUUGACUGAUCAUGUAUGUCAGUUUCCUGAUGCUCUAAAUUUGAAUGCAAAUAUGUGGGUGCAUCGAGCCUGUAAGGCACGUCAAAGUGCAGAUACUAUUUGUUUGUAGACAAGCAGAUUGUGACCGGUGUGUUCUUGAUAUUGCCUGGUCAGUAAAACAUGACUUUGUAUAUUUUCCCUUC